AUGGGCGCCACCACAAUCGCUUCUCGAGAUUUAGAGGCCCAGAAGAGGGGAUCUUCGAUGGGCUUGCUUAGCCGCAUCCCCGCAAAGGUCCAGAAUCACUUUGUGGCCGCGAUGGCAGAAUUCAUGGGGACGUUCCUAUUCCUUUUCUUCGCAUUUGCAGGCACACAAACGGCCAAUGCACCCCGAAGUAUCACAGGCGACGAAAAUACCGACAUCCCUCAAGGUCCUGAUCCGCUAGUCCUGCUGUACAUUAGCACUUGCUUCGGAGUCUCUCUCACAGCUACCGUAUGGAUCUUCUUCCGCAUCUCCGGUGGGGUGUUUAAUCCUGCCGUUACCAUCGGCUUGUGUCUCGGCGGAGCAGUGCCCAUAAUUCGUGGUAUCGUGGUCAUUCCCGCGCAGAUCAUUGGCGGCAUUGUUGCAAGCCUCGUCGUCAAGUACCUCUUUCCCGGUCCGCUGGCAGUGACUACCACACUCAGUCUGCCCACGACUCCAGUCCAGGGUAUGUUCAUCGAGAUGAUGCUCACGGCGCAACUCGUCUUCACGAUCUAUAUGCUGGCUGUUGAGAAACAUCGUGCGACGUUCCUUGCUCCUCUCGGGAUCGGGCUCUCCCUGUUCACAGCAGAGCUGGCCGGCGUCUAUUACACUGGUGGCUCACUCAAUCCCGCCCGCAGCUUCGGCCCCUGUGUAGCAAACAGCGACUACCCUGAGUCACACUGGAUCUACUGGGUCGGUCCAAUCCUCGGAGCGAUCUUCGCCACUGGCUUCUACAAGUUGCUGAAGCUCAUGAGCUAUGAGCGCGUCAACCCGGGCCAAGACGGCGAGGGUGCAACUUUCGCUCUGCUGGAUGAUGACUUCCACACAAGGUCUUCUUCGCAUGCGCUUGCGCUGAAUCAGAGCUUCGGUCGGCCCUUGUCGAUCCCGGAGAGCUUGAUCGAUCGUCGUUCUGUCGUUUGA